GUACAUUUUUCUUCCUCCUCCCCCCAUUUCAACUUUUGUUUUCGUCGAGGACCAUUAAAUAAGAAAAUGACUAAGCCUAAAACCGUGCCUGAUUCUGGCGUACGACGAUCGUCCCGACUCAAGACACAGCCUGUAGAGCCCAAAGCAUCCAACACCAAGGUGCCUGUAUCGAAACCACCCCCCAAAUCUAAAGGAUCCAAGUCUAAAAAGACCGUAGUGGAUUCUGAUGAUGAUGAGGAAGAAGACGAUCGUGGGAAAGAAGACGAUCAUGAGAAAGAAGAUGAUCAGGAGGAAGAUGAUGAUCAGGAGGAAGAUGAUGAUCAGGAGGAAGAAGAUGAUCAGGAGGAAGAAGACGAGCAGGAGGAAUAUAGACAGGAGAAAAGGGAGAUUAAAGGAUCUCGGAGUACUCGUAGAACUCGCUUCACACCAAAGCAACCAUCCACAAUUUCGAAACCGUCUCCCAAAUCUAAAGGAUCCACGUCUAAAAAGGACGAAGUGGAUUCUGAUGAUUAUGAAGAAGAAGACGAUCAGGAGGAAGAAGACGAUCAGGAUGAAUAUAAACCGGAGAAAAAGAAGACCAGAGAGCCUCGAGGGGCCCGUAGAGCUCGAUCCACACCGAAGAAGCCAUCCAGAACUAUAACAGCAGACGAUGACAACAGUCAGGAACAGUCAGAGCUAUAUCGUGCCGUGUUGGAUUCACAAGUGGCUUUAGAUACAGUGGUAGCAGACUGGAUUAAGCUUUACAAAGAGUCGCCGGAGGAGGCCAUGCUGAAUUUGACCAACUUUUUGCUCCGGUGUUGCGGAUGUAAAUAUUUGAUCCCUGCAGAUGACUUUGCGGACGAGGACAAGAUGGUAGAAACUCUGGAAGAUAUUUUGAUCCAAUACAAAGAGAAUACAUCCAACUUUGAUUACCCAAUCGUUUCUAAGGCAAAGGCAUUUAAAAAGUUCAAGAAGAAUCUUCUGGAGUUCUACACACGACUUAUUCAAAAGGCACAGAACAAUAUCUUGUUUGAUGAUGUCUUUAUGAGUACUCUACUCGAUUGGACAAUUUCACUUUCGAGUUCGACCUUCCGACCUUUCCGUCAUACCGCCACCACAGUUGCUCUCAAUAUUGUGUCAUCCCUUGCUGAGAUUGCAACUGAGCUUCAGGAGGAACUGAACAUUACUAACCGUCAAUUAGCAACAAGUCAGAAGCAAAAGGCAGCACAGGUAAAGACAAAACAACUAGGCAAGAAGAUUUCUGAGACGCAAGCUCGAAAAGCUGAUGUCUUGAAAUGGAUCGAGCAAGUUUUUGAGAGUGUUUAUGUUUUAAGGUGUCGGGAUGUGGAUCCCUUAGUGCGCUCAGAUUGCGUUCAUGGACUGGGACAAUGGAUGGUAGCCAACCCGGAUCACUUUGUUGCAUCUUCUUAUCUGCGCUACUUGAGUUGGGCGCUUUCAGACAAGACAGCAGCAGUCCGAUUGGAGGCUCUGAAGGUUUUAACGAGGUUGUUUGAAAUGGAAAAUCAGCCCCAUCCACUGCGACAGUUUACCACCCGAUCCACAGCUCGCUUCAUUGAGAUGGCUAUUGGAGAAUCUGACACCAGCGCUCGCUUGGGGGCAAUUCGCGUACUGACAUUGGUUCAUAAGCAUGGUCAGCUGGACGAGGAAGAACAGUUCCAACUGAGCGGAUUGAUUUUUGGCGCAAACCAAAAGGUCCGAAAGUCACUCGCCAAGUUUGUGAAGGCACGCGUUUGGGAGGAUGAAGUGGAAACAAGGAUGGCAUCAUGUCAAUUGCUGGCUUCAUCCUCACAAGGAGACGGCGAUGCAGAUGCAGUAGUGAUCAAGAAGGACAAAGUGGAGCUCAAAUCCUUGGUGAGCUUCUUGAUCAAGGUCGGUAAAGCGCAAGACGAACAGAAUGGUCAUUCUGGUCAAAGUGAUGAUCAUCAGCAGCCAAGUGGAGCUGGAACACGCCUAUUUGACGAAACCAAAGUCGGAAGAAUUGCCUUGGCUGUCGAGGCUCUUUGGUCUGAAAUUGAUGUCCUCAAGAAUUGGAAAUCCAUUGCAGAAUACCUUAUUGAAGACCAUACAAAGUCAUCAACUACCUUAUCACAACGCUCUGGAAAGGGCAAGCCUACAUCACUGGAGGAUAUCUAUCACCUGGACGAGGAAGAAGAAAAUACUUUGCUGGAAAUCUUUAUUGCGAGCCUGCAAUUGAUACUCCAACCUCCUGCUGUGCCUGGAUUCUUAAAGAACAAGGCCAAGAUUAAAGAACAACAAGAGGAUUUAGCUAGCGAGGUCGGUCGCUAUUGUAUUGAAAUCUUACCAAAGCUGUUCUUGAAGUACAGCGUGGAUCCCGGUCGUAUCAGAUUUGUUUUGGUCAUUCCUCAAUUAAUUCCUCUGAACGUUUAUGUGGACAUGCGCUUGCUUACGGAUUACGAAGAAUUAGUAGAUGAUGUCAUCAAGGCUUUCAAGAAGCACAGUGACCCAUCAGUACUAAGUACAGCAGCAGUGACACUUCGUACCAUGCAAGGGUAUGAAAUUUUGCGUACAUCACACGAAGCCAGGAUUGAUGCAUUGGGAGCAUCGAUCGUCAACACGUUUUUGACCCUUGUUUCUCAGGGAGAGAAUGUUGAUAUUACCGAUAGAGCAAUGUUAGAGGAGCUCACGCUAUGCCUUCGGAGACUGGAGCAUUUGAUCAAGUGCACGGAUGUGACGGUCAGAAGAGCACGCUCCACUGAUCAGGAUCCAUUUGGAGCGCUCUUGAAAGUCAUUGAGAGAUAUAAAACCGCUCAUGAUCAAGAUGCCGAGGUAUUAGUCUCGGCACUUUCAAUUGCUUUUCUUUGGAUCUCGUGGGUAUGCAGAGCUAAUGCUAUCAAGCGUGGUCAGAAUGCUGAUUGGUCAGAAGAGGAUACUCAGGAUAUGCUACACAAACAGGACACACUUGUUCGACUCGUUUCGGACCUUGCUAUCAAAGAAAAUCAGACCCAGACUAUUGAUGCUCGAGUACGUCGUAGAGCGUUCCAGGUCCUUGGAGACAUCUAUUGGCUCUUUGGGGGUGACAUGUUCCACUCAUCUAAGGGUGCUAACCGUCACCUUCUAUACAUGUCUUGCCCUGAAGCCACGCAAGCUGAAUGUGAAAACUUUUUGAGAACAGAGCUGGACCUUUGGGAUGAAAAAGUAAGACAGAAAGCCACAGCUUUGCAACAAGCCAGAACACCCAGAACAACGGAUGGCGCUGUGAAAGGAGGAGCAGCAACAGCAGCAGAAGGAGGAGAAGAGGAAGAAGACGGCCAAGAAGCUCAGGAUAUUGCAGAACUUGUUGAAGAAGAAAAAUUGGCAGCGGCUCAGAUUGAGCAAGAGGACAAGUAUGAGAUGUUUGGAACUGUCUUUUCGUUCAUGCGUCAGAUCAUGCUUAAGGACUUUAGUAUGGGUCAUGCUAUCCCCAUUCUUGCCUGGUAUGGGCGCUUUGGGACUGAAUAUGACGAGGGUGUGAAGCGAGUUGUGGCUAGCAUCAAAGGUCAGAUAUUUGAAGGACUUUCGAAGCAGGCACGAGAAGAAAAGGCUCAGUCAUUCAUGACUGUAUGUCUUGAAUCACUCAAAGAGUCGUUUGAACUUUAUCUAAAUAAUCGUGUUCGCUCCACUAGCCAAUCAUUGCAGCUAGCGAAAGCCCUAUCAACAGCGAUCAAGCCUCCAGGAUUUAUGCAAUCGUCAAGAACUGGGAUUGAGUCUCGAUUGGUGUGGGAUUUGCAUAAACGUGGUAUUGUGUAUGCAUUAGAGAAGAUUGAAAGAUUUUCUUCUAGUGCCACUAAUGGAGCGGAUGGGGCCAAGAAAAGCAUUUCAAAGAUGGUUCAGUUUUUUGAUGUCUUGAGCCAUAUGCCGUUCGGGCCACAUACUGCUUUGAAUGAGACUACAUCGAUUUAUGAUCUAAUCAAGUCGGAAUGUGAGCGCAGAGAGCUAAAUGUGACGGAGGAGGAGGGGGAGGAUCUUUGGGAGCCCCUUCAUUCGUACCAAUUAAAGAUUGAGAAAAUGAUGCAACGUGCUGCGGCAGAGCAGGCUACUGCGGCAAGGAAAGCUGAAAACACAGCUCGCCAGCAACAUGACGAACAACAAGAACAAGAACACCAGCCACAGCCGGAUGUAGAGAUGGACAAUGCUGCUGAGGAGAGAGAGAGCAUAGAACAGCAGCAACCGGAAAAAAUGAGUGGUAAGAAACGGCUUGCAGAAGAUGAGGACAUUGAUCUUCAUGAUGAAGACGAACUGGACCGUGAGAACGGAACUCAUGGUCGUCCGAGUCAUGUUGGAAGCCCGAGCGGGGGGGACGAUAGUGAUCAUGAAAGUCAUGCGACCAAAGAGACAAAACGUAUCCGAGUCAUUUAAGAAACCCAUCGUUGUUAGUCUAAAACAAUAUGUUGCAUUAUCCUUCAUUCCAUG